AUGGCAAAGACAUCUCGACUACUGGUGUUCAAAGGCCACCGCGAGUCGGUAAAUGCGCUGCUGUGCGAGGAAGACUUGCACCCAAACGUACUAGCCUCCGGUAGUGAUGAUGGUACGUGUCGUCUGUGGGACGUGCGGACCACACGAGUGACAAAAUGCCUGAAUGUCAAGAAGGCAUUAGGUACGGAAGACAAUGAUGAGAGUGCUGUGAAUUCGCUUGCAUUCGGGAAGGCGACAGCAGGUGCGGAGAGUGCUUACAUCUACGUUGCAGCGGGAAACAAGGUGUUGACAUUUGAUGUGCGGCAGCCGACCCUGGUCGUGAACUGCGCAGAUCGAGAGGUCUUUCAACACAGCGAGGACGAGAUUAACGUGCUGUCGCGACAUCCAGGCAAGCAAGGCAAGUUUUUGUCGGUUCCAGAUGAUACUGGUGAUAUCUGUGUGUACGACCUGGAAAGUCACUGCUUGUUCAAGACACUGCGCAUGCAGCAUUCAAAUAUCUGUAGCGUUGCACCGUUCCGCCCGAACGCAACGUGGGAUCUGGUGUCGGGCGGUAUGGAUGGUCUCCUCCUCUUUUGGGAUUUUUUUCGGGGUAAAGUAAGAUUUAGAGUUGAUCUUAACACGGGUGUCUAUGGAUUGGGUAACCGUGACGAUACUGUUGGUGACGACAAAGAGUCCAGCGUCCAGCAAAUGUUCAACCCACCCCUGGUGCACUCGCUAGCAUUCGCACCGAACGGCAAGUCCUUCGCGGUUGGUCUGGGAGAUGCCAGCAUUGCGGUUGUCGACUAUGGAUCGAAGCACAUUAAGCGUCGAUUGAAGCACCACGGAGCUAUGGUUUCUCAGGUUCACUUUGCUGCAUUCCAUUCUCAAGAUCGGCUGGUGUCCGCCGCCAACGACGCUAAGGUGUGCAUGUGGGAUUACCAUGCUGCUCUCUCCCUUGACGUGCCCGACGACAAUGCUGAUCCAAGGGCGCCGAAUCCGUUUAUAGUUAAGGAAAUAAUACUAGAUGCCAACCCCAACGCUAUCACCACCACGAGUCAGCAAAAUUUGAUUGUGGUGGCUGACAUGUCAAAGGAAAUUUUAGCGUACUCGGUGGUGUAG